CACGUGCUUUGUCUGUGAGGAGGGAGCGGCGUGAGGGGUCGGAACGAGUGGAGGGCGUGGGUUGAGGGCACCGCGGUGCCGGGAGGUUGACCCCAAGAGGCAGCGCGGCGUCCCCUUGCGCAGAGCACAAUGGAGGCUGUGUGGAGAGCACUGAGCGCCCUGCAGCCCCGCUGCCUGCACACCGCCUGCAGCCGCCACAACUCCAACCGCACCUCCAUCACCCACCUGCGCCGCCAGGUGUACGGCCGCCUCUACCCGCUGCUGCUGGUCCGCACCGAUGGCUCCACCAUCCACAUCCGCUACAAGGAGCCCAAAAGGAUCCUCAUGCUGCCCUUGGACAGCAGCACGCUGCCUGAGGCGGAGCGCAAGGCCCGGCUGCGGCGGCAGUUCCCCAGCAAGCUGCAGGCCAAGCAGGAGGAGGCCUUGGAGGAGCUGGACUUGGAGAAAUACAAGAAAUUUUGGAAGAAGUGAGGCACCGAUUUGGGAUCAGCCCCCCCACCAAAACUCCCUACCAAGCGGUGGCUGAUGGACACAGCUAUAGAAAUAAAGAGAAGAGCAAUUUUGUUAAGAACUCA